CCGCUCUACGCUCCCGCCAGGCCAGGUCGCGCUCGCCACCUCUCGCCAGCACCUCAAAAGGCCCGCGCGCGCAACCCCCGCCCCGGCCCUCCCUCGCCAUGGUCCCCCGACCACCGACACGAGCCGUCACCGCCUUGGCCGUCCUCGCCCUCCUCGCGCUGUGCGCACCGGGCCUCCUCGUCGCAGCAAAGGCGUCCAGUCCACCAGUCGCGAGCUUGCGCGGCAGCACCGAGAAGACGGUCCCGCUCCGCACCCACUCGAUCUACGCUCCCUACGUCGACUCGGACCUGCAGAACCGGUGGUUUGACUUUGGCGGUUCGACCAUCAUCAACACCAACAAGCACAUCCGGCUCACGCAGGACCGCCCGUCCCAGGCCGGCUGGCUGUGGUCGCGCCUCGCCCUCGCCCCGGCCUCGUUCGAGAUCGAGUUCGAGUUCCGCGUCGACGGCAAGAGCAACAACAUCUUUGGCGACGGGUUCGCAAUGUGGUUGACCAAAGGGCGCGCAGGGACGGGCCCGGCGUUCGGCAGCACCGACUACUGGAACGGCCUCGGCAUCUUCUUCGACACCUACGCCAACUCGCGCCACGCCUACUCGUUCCCGCGCAUCUACGGCAUCCUUAACGACGGCAAGAAGUCGUACGAGGUCGGCAAGGACGGCCAGGGCCAGGAGCUUGGCGCGUGCUCGAUCGACUUCAGGAGAACGGACGUGACGGCCAAGGCGCGCUUGACCUACAUCAAGGGCAAGCUCCUCGAGCUCGGUAUCCAGCACGCCAAGUGGGACGAGUGGACGACGUGCUUCGCCGUCGAGGGCAUCGAGCUCCCGAGCCAGCCGUUCCUCGGCUUCUCGGCCUUGACCGGCGACGUCAGCGAUGCGCACGACAUCAUCUCGGUCACGACCUCGAACAUCGCCUACCACCCUCCUGCGUCCAACUCUAAGAAGCCUCCUCCCAAGCGCGGCCUCCCCGGCGCCUCGUUCUUCUCGACCCUCUUCUCGCUCCUCAAGUGGGUCCUCGUCCUCGUCAUCAUUGCCGUCGCCGUCAUCGCUGUCCGCGGUCGUCGCGCCACGGCAAACUCGAAGCGGUUCUGAAGCGGCGGCGGGGCUCGAGCGAGCGAGCGAGGGAGCGAAAGACUGAGACGGGGAGCCGGUAGAGCGACGAGCGAGGACCGAGCGGGGAGGAAGCCUCUCGUCUUCUUUGUGGACGAGCAAUGCAGCGCAUGAUACCUUG